AUGUCUGAGGCCAGGGACUUUGUUAGAGGUGCCGAGACGACCUCAAGUGCUCCACGCUGUGUGCUCGAGGAAGGGGUGUCUCUCUUCCUCUCCCCAACAGGCACGGCGGAGGGAGAGGCGCGCCAUCUGGCCACGCCCCUCACACCUUCCAGCGGAGCGCCUUCAUCCCUUCCAGGCGCUAGCAAUCCCGAUGCUAUGUAUGUGGAUGGGAAGCAGACAGGCCAUCAAAUCUCAACGCUGCCGUACCUGAGGCCUCCGUACACACCACUCCCUCACCAGUGGGACAGCGAGUCCUACAACCCCCGCCACCGCGUCCCCCAGCAGCAGUCCUCCCACCACCACAACCACCACCACCUCUUCACCCAUCACAACCACCACCUCCACCGUUGGGAAAUAGAGGGCGGAGGGCUGGGGGGCGAGGAAGAGGAAGAGGAGGACGCGGAAAGAAUAGAAAAUGGGAAGAAUGUAAAUGGAGAAGGGAUCUCCAACCGCUUCUCCGUAUCCUCCUCACAUCACCAUCACAAACACCACCGCCAGAGGCAGACACCGCAGUCCUCCAUGAGGCGGAGAUCAAGCACUUCCGCGGCGCGAGGCGAGGAGGGAGGAUAUGCAUUUAGGGUGGACGAGAAGAGCGGGGUGCGGCGGGUGAUAGCGGUGCGGGAGGUGGCGGGGCGCGGCAGCAGAGCGGCUGGUGACGGCCCAAAUGGUAUAGCCCGUCUGCUGGACCUCCCUCAGGACGACUCCACGGUCGGGCCUCCCCCAGGGCCGAGUUUCGACCGUAAUUUACCGCGCAACAUCACCAUGCAGACGGGACAGACGGCGGUGCUCUCCUGUCGGGUGUUCAACGUCAACGAUAAAUCGGUGUCGUGGAUCAGGCAGGACAACCUUCACAUCCUGACGGUGGACAAGUACAAGUACAGCACGGACCAGCGGGUAUCCGUGGUGUUCAACGAGCCCAACCUGGAGUGGGUGCUGAGGAUCAAGAGUGUUACGCCGGCAGACGCGGGGACGUAUGAGUGUCAGGUGUCCACCAAGCCGAUCCUGAGCUUCGUCGUCAACAUGAAGGUCGUGGACAAAUUACCCACGCCCACGGCUACGCCAACGCCCACGACCACGCCAGCCGCACCCCAGGAAGUGAUGGAGGAGCAGGAAGGGAAGGAGGAGGAUGAUACAGCACAGAAGCCUCAGAACACCUCAGUACCCAGAGCGUGGAUCCUGAAUGCCCCUGAGAUCUACGUGCACCGCGGCUCGCCCAUCAACUUGACGUGCGUGGUGACCCAUGGCACAGAGCGGCCCGUUUUUAUCUACUGGUACCAUCACGACAAGGUGAUAGACUACGAAGGUCGAGGAGGGGUGAGAAUACACACGCAGAACGGAAAGGACACAGUAAGCCACCUGCUAGUGAAGAAGGCCGGCCCUGGGGACACGGGGCGCUACACCUGCAGCCCUUCAAACGGGGAGCCUGCGUCGGUGAUGCUGCAUGUGCUAAAUGGUGAGCACCAAGCCGCCAUGCAAACCAACAGGGGCACACCGCUGGCUGGUCCUCGGGGCGCGCUAUGGCACCUACUGCUGCUCCUCGCUCUGCUAACAGCCCUCCCACACCGCUAUGUCAUGCGAUUGUAACACACGAACGUAUACAAAGACCAAGACGGAGGUGAGGUCAUCAAGCUACGCACCUCCAAGCACUAAGUCACUUUCAAGGAAGUAAAAGCAGUGUACCGCGCUUUCUGGCCGUCAAACCCAAUGCCGCAGAGUCACAACGCCCAAAAGAGGAAGGAGUUAGGUCACUAAGUCACGUCCACAUCAACCCUGCAGACGCUAACCCAGGUAAACACGCCCCCAAGUCAAGGCCACACAAACUUGGCUGGCGGGCAAGGCAUCACUCAGCCAUCCAAAAGCCUCUUUCCAGCACUGAAAUCCCUGGUGCCGCCGCCGCCCAACCCUGCAGGCACAUGUCAAUAGUGGCGGAAGAGGACGAGGACAAGGAAGAGGAGGACACGGAGAAGGAGAAAGAGGAAGCGUAAUAGAAGAGGAGAACGAACCAGAGAUCUCCGUUACUCUCUAUACAGCUGACGAACGGAAACUCCAAGAGCCAAACAUUGGAUGAAGCAACGUGUGUGUGUGUGUGUGUGUGUGUGUGUGUGUGUGUGUGUGUGUGUGUGUGUGUGUGUGUGUGUGUGUGUGUGAGAGAGAGAGAGAGAGAGAGAGAGAGAGAGAGAGAGAGAGAGAGAGAGAGAGAGAGAGAGAGAGAGAGAGAGAGAGAGAGAGAGAGAGAGAGAGAGAGAGAGAGAGAGAGAGAGAGAGAGAGAGAGAGAGAGAGAGAGCAACACACCAUGAUUAUUAUAAUCAAAGGCAAACUCCUUGCAACACUCUUCACCAAACCACAAAAUGAAGCCUCGAUUUUCUAUCCCUUGGGUCAUAAAUUUUCUAGCGGAGCGUGGCAGGCGAGGAAGGAGGUAAAGAGGAGUUGGGGGGAAGGAGUGCGAAGAGAAUUGUUAAUCUUGUUAACCAGAGACAGCCAAGUUAAUGGAGCAGCUAAAGAAGGCCAGGAAAGUGAUCAAGACUGACGGCUGGAAUCUCGCCUCGCUAACACAAAAGAAAAAAAGUUUUCUAACAACCAAUAUUUCGGCUCAAGUAAAAUACCCAGAAGCUAUGAUGGCUUUGGAAAUUCAAUUCUUUUCCUCCAUAUUGUGAAGACAAAGACGAACCUUCAAGCAAUCACUGUCUGUGAUGUGAAACAUUUUUUCAGACAUGUAGUUCUGGUUUUUCUUUUAUUUCAAGAUUUGACUCAAAGAAGUUAUAAUGAUGACAGUGAAAACUUAAUUCUGGCCAUUUUUUCUCUCAAAAUAUUUUCACAAGAGACAAAACCCUUAAGGAGUCGCUUUCUGUUACACUGACCAUUUUCUCCGGCAUGCAGUUCCACUUUCCCUGUUACACCACCAUUAAGAAAACUGGAGGUAGUAAUGUCUCGCCUGCCGGAAUGAGAAAGACACCUCUUGAGCACUCCGCUUAACUUCCACCAAAGCCUGAACAGGCGGCGGAGGAAGGGUAUUUUCUCAGGCAUGCAAUUUUGAUUUUCCUUCCCCCACAAGCUUAAGAAAAUUUGGCGGAGUCUCGCCUCUCAAAAGGGUGACGCCACUUAGGAGUAAUGGCAAACACCGAGCAGCGAGCGGCAGCCAAUCAGCCUCCCGCAGGGCAAACACAACAGCCAAUCCUGGUGAGUGUGUUGCAAGCUCAAAGGUUGCCUACCCGGCUCUCUCUCUCUCUCUCUCUCUCUCUCUCUCUCUCUCUCUCUCUCUCUCUCUCUCUCUCUCUCUCUCUCUCUGCGUUGGCUGGCAUUUACUGCAUAUGUGGGGAUGUUCUGAUUAUCCUGACCCUCAGUGGCUGCUGCAGACUGGCUUUGACGUUCACUAAGGGACAGGACGGAGCCGCGGGAGGCCCUCCAGUCUGCCUCAGGGGGUUAUAAGCCCUAUUCCUGAGACUGCUUUUGGCUGCAUCAUCUUACUCGGCCUCUCGCCUGCCUGGCUAAGCGACUUGAAGCAACUCCGUCGUCUCAGCGUCAUGCCAGAGGGAGAAAUGUUUAUGGCCUUGUCAGCGGGAGUCUCUGGAAACUGGCGGGGUUGAGAAUCCGUGCGGCUCUGACAAGAAUACGUCUGUCUGUUUGUUUGUCUGUGCGGCUCAACGAAAGCAAGAAUCCCAGCAACAGAAAACGAAUGGAGUGAAAGAAAACAUCUGAACGUGAAACUAAGCAACAUUUCAGCUUUUACACUCACACUCACACACACACACACACACACACACACACACACACACACACACACACACUAAUGAGCAGUGCAGCCUUGGUCAUCAGUGUAAAAAUGUGUCUGACAAAUCGGGAUAUGUGUCAGGCAAACAGACAUCCAACGCUGACCAAUGAUAACCUGCGUGUGGGAGUGAGUCUGUCAAAAUGUGGCGCUGUGACUGUGACAUCUGGACCCUGACACCGCGAGGGACCUGUGGAGUGGCGAAAUACACACCACAGUACAACCCGCGUGUAGUUGUGGCUGGUGAAUAUGAGUAAAAUCAAGUGAAUAUACGUAUGUCAGUGUGCGAGAGAGCCAAGUGUUGAGGUCGGGACACUGAGAGCACUGAGGACACGAGAUCGAGACUAUAGUGUAGUGAUUUUGUUACCGUGUGGCCCUUCAGGAGGCUCUCUCAUGUCCUAGUGGUGUGAUUAGUGCGAUUUCUACAGUAUAAGAUAAUGUGACUCGUUUGUCUCCCACCUGCAUCCUUACGAACCUUCAUAAUGCAGCAGUGUAAGGAAGGUGAAAGGUACUGAAGCAAACGUGUGUGUCACCUGUAUCUACCUGCGCAAUGGACUGAAUCCCUUAAAUCACCUUGUACAUAUUGUCUUUGAUGCCAAACCUUGAAAAAGAAACAAAAGUAAAUUCUGUAUAUAUACAUAAGAAAAGAUCCUGCAUUUAUUACUCACAUACAGCUAAUACUAUAUACAUACAUAUUCUAUACUAGUUCACUAUAUUCAGAUUUGUGUAUGUAUGUAUGAAUGAGUCUUGUACGUAAAUAGCAAUGUAUCGAGACUAAUAAUAAGAAUAAAAAGAACAUGCGUACUAUAAUAAACACAGGCUGGUAAGGGACUCCGGUGGUGGUGAAGUGAAUCAAAGUGUGGACGCCAUAACUCCCCCGCGUGUGUGUUUGUUUGUGUUGCCGCCCAGAUGAGGCUGUAGUGUUGGUGCAGGUUUCCUUUAGGCAGAUGUGGAUCCCUCAACUCUCUCUCUCUCUCUCUCUCUCUCUCUCUCUCUCUCUCUCUCUCUCUCUCUCUCUCUCUCUCUCUCUCUCUCUCUCUCUCUCUCUCUCUCUCUCUCUCUCUCCCGCGCCACGCCCUAUGUAAAGCAUUCUGUACACGCAAUGCUGUGUAUGUCACGCCACACAGCCACACACAGCUUCCCUCCCGCUACUCCCAUCCAGCAGCUCCCCCUCCCUUCACUCCCGCCACACCCAGCCUCACCCUCCCUUCGUUCCCUCCCCCACACUCCCGUACAGAGACUAUUGGUCCCCUAAAUUGCAUGGCCACCAUAAAUAACGCCAGUAUCACACACCACAUUGCCACCGCAACACACACACACACACACACACACACACACACACACACACACACACACACACACACACACACACACAACACAGAGCCUCCAGGAAGGAAAUCAAAAGGUUACAGCACACAAGACAAUAUCAUAAAAGUAUAUGCUACCUUUGAGCUCCGUAGGGCGGGACUGAAGGAGUGGUUGGGUGAAAGAUCGAUCCGGGAGGAGGGGGUGACGGGGACUGAAGGGGACUGAUGGGACUGACGGCGCUGUGAGACCCUUAUGAAUGUAAUAUAAAAAUAUGCCUCGGUAAAAAGAAUAUGGGGUCUGCCGGCUGAAUAUUUAGGGGAAAAUUUCAUACACAAAGCGCAUAUAAAAAGGUUCAUUGUAAAAGGUAUGGGGUAAAAUUGACUUGCACCAGACAGACUUGCUUAAGUUGCUGCUUUAUAACGUGGGACGAGGGUUGAGGGUGCGUUGUGUGAGUGUUUGAGUCUGUAGUGAUAUUUCUUUAAGGUGUUUGUCCGAAUGUUUGCAUGUCUGAAUGUCCGUCUGUAUGUUUGUGAAGGUGGUUAGUCUUGUGUGUGUGUGUGUGUGUGUGUGUGUGUGUGUGUGUGUGUGUGUGUGUGUGUGUGUGUGUGUGUGUGUGUGUGUGUGUGUGUGUGUGUGUGUGUGUGUGUCUGUGUCUGUGUGUGUGUGUGUGUGUGUGUGUGUGUGUGUGUGUGUGUGUGUGUGUGUGAGACAAAAGGCUGGUUGUUGACUGAGUAAACGAGUAAAUUAUACUUCCUGGCAUUAUGAGAAGAAUGUGGCUUUUAUAAGCGAAAGUUGUUAUUAAUAUCAACAACAACAACAACAACAACAACAACAACAACAACAACAACAACAACAACAACAACAACAAUAACAUUACCACUGUUGCUACUACUACAACUACUACUACUAUUACUUCUACCACUAACACCACCACCACCACUACUACUACUACUACUAUUACCAUCACUACCAUUACCACUACUACUACUACUACUACUGCCAUAGUAAGAGCUGCGCUUCCCUUCCGCCGCCAAGAGGAUAAAAAGUAACCAAAUCUUUACAAAACGGAAACUCGAUUUUCUUUAUUCAAUUUCCAUUCACUCUAUGAAAGAAUUUAAUAAAACUUCACAUAUCUAAUCCUUGCGUAACACUCUACCGCAUUAGAGGAAGAAUAAAGUACUGAUGUAAUAUGUGUGUGUGUGUGUGUGUGUGUGUGUGUGUGUGUGUGUUAUAGACAAGUAGACGGACAGUGAUGAACAGACAAAACGGAUUCGCCUUUCAUGUAUUUUAAGUAAAGGGAAAAACAAAAUAACGAAACGACUCAAAGCUCAAAAUGAAACGUUUCCAGCAUUAUUCUCCUUACAUUAAGUUCAGUUUUUUUUUCUUUUAAUAACAGACCUAAAGAUAAAAGAAUACAAAGUGUAAAGAGACUAUCUUUUUUUCCGGUCUUACUAGUUAUGCAUCUAUCUCAUUUUUACUCUUUCCAUUCUCUUCAUUUUCUUUGCUUUCAUAUCAUUUUCUUAUUUCCUUCUCUUAUUUCAGCAGUUGCAUUCACUCAGUCCUCGAGCGUUUUCUCAUGCUAUACAACGAACAUUCAUUUAACAGGUGCAGUCUUAGUGGAAAGUUAAGUAACCUUCUACAGUUAUCUAGACGACGCUUUGUUUUUGUUUUUUUCUCCUGUUAGACAUUCACUAAGUAUUAUAGAUGAUGAAUUCUCAGUAGAUCAGAGAAGUUAAAUAGUGCAGAAAAACGCGAAAUGCCGUGAAAGACCGCUGUGUGUCACCAACGAUAUGUUUGGGAUUUAUAUAAUUCAGCCGCUGCCAUUGUAAAUACCUCUCCUUCCUUUAUAAGUUAUCAGCACCUUUGGUUUAAUGUUGUUGUUUUUUUUUUCCAUCAGUUUAUACCAUUCAGUUUCUAUUUUUCCUCUUCCAUAAAUUACUAGCAUUUUUUUAUUUUCUUUUUUUGUUUAUCAAUCUAUAUUACUCAGCCCGAGUACCUGUCUUUCCUCCUUUAAAUUAUCAGCGACGUUCUCUCUCUCUCUCUCUCUCUCUCUCUCUCUCUCUCUCUCUCUCUCUCUCUCUCUCUCUCUCUCUCUCUCUCUCUCUCUCUUUCAUCAUUGUUCUUUGUAUGAUUUCAUCCCCGUUCCCUUUAUCCAUUUUCCCUUCCUCCCUCUAGUCAGUACCCCCUCCACCCACCACCCCAUUCAGCAAGUCUAGUUGAACACGCAAUUAAUUUUCACACCUGACUCCGUUAUUUGAAGCACUUCCAAUUCUUCCUGUUAGGUUAGUGUCUCUCUCUUGUCUCCUCCUGGCACAAGGUAAAGACGAGGGAAACUUGAGAGGGGAGACCGGACGCGUGAAGGGAAGGCAGAGAGGUGGGGAGAAGGAAGCCAGGUAAGGGAAAGGAAGGCAGAUGAAGGGAGGGAGGUGGCGUGGACCAGCAAAGGUAAAGAGUCCUCUGUGACCUUGACAUCCUCACUGCCACGGUCCCCUUCUCUUCCUCUGCGAUUUUCUCCACUCUCGCUUCACUUCUUGGCAUGGUAGUGAGAGAGAGAGAGAGAGAGAGAGAGAGAGAGAGAGAGAGAGAGAGAGAGAGAGAGAGAGAGAGAGAGAAAGAGAGCCGUAUGCGAGGGAGAGUGUGUGUGAUUGUGACUGUGUGCGUGUGCGUCUCUCUCUCUCUCUCUCUCUCUCUCUCUCUCUCUCUCUGUGUGUGUGUGUGUGUGUGCAUGCUACUUCCACCACUCGGCGCAUGAAGACUUAAAGAGCAACACAGUUACCCAGCUGGCUAACAGAAUAAAGCUAAAUGGUACUGUGAGUUAAGCCUAAGCCGAGUAUUUGAAUGAGAGAGAGAGAGAGAGAGAGAGAGAGAGAGAGAGAGAGAGAGAGAGAGAGAGAGAGAGAGAGAGAGAGAGAGAGAGAGAGAGAGACAUUAUCGAACAGUUAAACAAAUAACGGAUUUAAACGAUACGAUAUCAGACUAACGAACAAAAAAGUCAAAAAGGGAAAAAGGUGAGAGGAAAAAAGACAAGAUUCACACACACACACACACACACACACACACACACACACACACACACAAUCAACACAUUGGCACUAAAAAAAAAACAUACAGUAACACAAACUCCCACGAGGAAAGCUUUGUGAUGCUGCCGCCGUGGUGGUGGUGGUGGUGGUGGACGCGGUGAUGUAACGAACGCCACGGAACGCUAAACGCAGCAAUCAAUGCCCCACUAACCUUGGACUGACGGGACGAGAGUGAUGUAUAUUUCACGGGUUUUGCAAAUAUAGCCUCAUAGAGUGUAGGGAGGAGGAGGAGGAGGAAGAGGAGGAGGAGGAGGAGGAGGAGGAGGAGGAGGAGGAGGAGGAGGAGGAGGAGGAGGAGGAGGAGGAGGAGGAGUAGGAGGAGUUGGGUUUGCGAAGCUUUAUCCCCAACACCUUCAUAUUUCACGUGAGAAUAUUUUACCGCCACAAAUAAAGCAUCGCCGCGGUGUUCCAGACGGCUGCAGCAUUACGGACAACACAAAUUUCAGGUUUAAGAGGCAAUACGUUAGCGGAAUAAAGCUCUCGUGGCGGUGCUUAGGGUGAGCCGGCGGCGCCACACAGGGGGAGAAUAAAGUUCCGAGGGUGACAAUACAAAACUCGAGCUUGAUAUCCGAACGACGCCCACGUCAGGUGAAGGUUAACGGAGACGGAUGGAGGGAUAGAGAAAUGGACACAGGAAUGAUGAGACCGAUAGAAAGGCAGGCAGAUGAACAGAGCAAAAAAGAGAGGGACAGCCAGACAGAUGGAUAGACAGCGAAAGAAAGGGAGGGAUACAGACAGACAGACAGAUGAACAGAGAAAAAAAGAGAGGGAUAGCCAGACAGAUGGAUAGACAGCAAAAGAAAGGGAGGGAUACAGACAGACAGACAGAUGAAGAGAAAAAGAAAGGGAGGAUUAGACAAACGGAUGGAUGGACGUAAGAAAACAAAGGGACAGAUAAAUAGACGGACGGACAGACAAACGGACAGAAGGGAAAAAAUGUGACGGUUGCUCAGCGUUUCCACAAUGACGGAUCUGUUUCAGACACAAAUUACCAAUACACUACACGCACAAUCAGCAAUUUAAUCAGUAAGAAAAGCAGUUCCACGGCCGUCUUUCCUGAAUACUUUAUUUAUGAGGAAAAUGCCGCAAAAUAUUUCCUCAGCUUUUCGACAUAAAUUUGUCAUGAGUCACGGGAAGUCAUGCCUCAGGUCGUGAUGUCCGUGGCGGCAGAGUCAUGACAGACUGACUGACAGACCGACUAAAGACGUCGCAUCUGGUAAACUUUGGUACCUGCUUCCGUGUUCCCUCCUUCCUGUGACUUGAAUUCUUUCGAGAGGGAGGUUUCGAGACAUUUAUCCUGCAAUUUCGGAUGAUUAUUUUAACAUCUCUUUCAGAACUGGUACCUCGGUGGACUUUUCCUCCGAUCUCUUUGUUGCCUUGGCCAUUGCUCUUACAUAAAAAUAAAAAGGAUCAUAUAGAGCCGUAGAGAGAGUGAAGGAAGGACGUGCAUCAUAAAGCUCAUGCCAAAAGCUCCUCCAGGACGGCACUACACCGCACACACAGGAUCAUAUUCUGAACCACAACCCCGCCACACCCCGACUACUUUCCAAAGGCUCUACAUAAACGUUGCACGGUUUUUUAAGGUGUUUCUAUGGUACUAGUGACAGAUUAACAAGAUUUCUAUAUUAUUAACAGAAGAAAAGCUCUUGAGAACCCGGCUAACCAUCUCUGUGGCCUUUGAAAACAGUCGUGGUGAGAGAGCGGAGCGUUUCAGAAUACAGGCCAGUCACUACGUAGAGGAAGAGAUGAUCGCUGGAAUGCAAGGGUUGACUCGGAAACGCGACCCUGAAACAAAAACUGCUACACACACAGGAAGGUCAUAGGUGAACGGGGACUUACACCUGCCAAAGAAAAAAAAAAAAAAAACAUAAAAAAUGUACUUGUAAAUACUGUACUUUGAUAACAUGCCAUUCAACGUAAAAUCCACAAAAAAAAAGAAAAAAAAAUAUAUAUAUAUAAAAUACAAAAUCUGCACCAACCCAGCCAGUAUCUGUCUACGCGAGAACUAUAGCCACUAUUACCACUACCAUGCGGGGAUCACCACCACCAUCACCACCACUACCUCUCUCUCUCUCUCUCUCUCUCUCUCUCUCUCUCUCUCUCUCUCUCUCUCUCUCUCUCUCUCUCUCUCUCUCUCUCUCUCUCUCUCUCUCUCUCUCUCUCUCCAUCUCACUUUUCUAACCCUUUCCUCCCUCUCAUUCCCUUUCUCUUCUCUCCUUCCCAACCCUCUCCCUCCUCUCCUCUCCUUUCCGUUCCUCCCUUGUCUCAUUCUCUUCCCCUCACUUUUCCCAGCUUUUAUUUCCUUCAUCUCUCGUUUCCAACUCUCUUUUUCCUCUCGUUCCUUACCUCUCUCUUAUUUCCAACCAGGUUUUCCUCCUCUUUCCUUCCUCUUCUUCCCCUUCCAUCUCCUUUUUUCUCCUUUCCAGCUCCCUCUUUCCUCCAUUUCCCUCAUUCUCUCUUCUUCUUCUUCUUCUCUCUCUCUCUCUCUCUCUCUCUCUCUCUCUCUCUCUCUCUCUCUCUCUCUCUCUCUCUCUCUCUCUCUCUCUCUCCUCCCUUACCUUCGUUCAUUAUCUUAUGUUUCCUCUCUUUCCCUUUCUAUCUCCCUUUUUUUUUCCCUACCACACAUCCCUACUCUUGUACAGGUGUGUUUCAAUGUACCUGUGUUUGAUUCCCCAUUUAUAUGUCUGAAAUAAAGCACAGUCAGUGUUACAACCUGGA